AUGCCGCCAAAUAUCCCCUACGGAUUGAACCUUGCGAACAAAAGUCUCGCGGCAAAGAAACCGGGGAACGGGCAGAAAAGAAAGAACAUCUUCGACGACGGCUCUGAAGAUGAAGACCAACAAGCCGGAGAUGGUGCAAUCGAAAUCUCAACGAUUGGAGGGUUAGAGGAGCCAGCCACGAAAAAGAAACCCCUGCCAAGCGCAGGGCCACCGCCGAAGCGCAAAAUCCAAUUUGGGAGUGGUCCGAAACCAACAGCCAAACCGCUCAGCAAAAACUCGCUAUUUGCAGAUGAUGAGGAUGAAGAUGAGGAAAGAGAAAAAGAGCAACAAGGCGCAAUGAAUCUUGGAUUGAACCAGGCGAAGUCGAACAAGCCAGCCGCCCCUGCCCAGAAAUACACCAAUCUCGCGUCAAUGCAUAGCAGCAACAUGCAAGCAAAGGCAGCCGAAGAACUCGACCCAUUGAUCUACUCAUACGAUGAAGUAUACGACAGUCUCCACGCCAAACCCGCCAAGGCCUCAGUGGAAACCAAGAGCGAAACACCCAAGUACAUGCAGAACUUGCUACAGAGUGCGGAAAUCCGGAAACGGGAUCAACUGCGAGCUAAGGAUCGCCAGCUAGCUAGGGAGCGUGAAGCCGAAGGUGAUGAAUUCGAGGACAAGGAAAAAUUUGUCACCUCUGCCUACAAGGCGCAGCAAGUGGAACUACGGAAGGCCGAGGAAGAGGAAGCACGCCGCGAAAAGGAAGAAGAGGAACGGCGCAAAAAGAGUGGCGGCUCCGGCAUGAUUGGAUUCUACCGGGACGUUCUGUCGCGAGAAGAGGCACAGCACGAGGAGGUCGUGAAGGCUGCAGAAGAGACUGCCCGCCGUAUCAAAGCAGGCGAGAUCAUCGAGGAGACGGAGGAUAAAGAGGAUAAGACGGACGCUCAGAAGGCGGAGGACCUCAAUGCUCAUGGAGCUCGGGUUGUUGUCAAUGAUGAGGGCCAAGUUGUUGACAAGCGCCAGUUGUUGUCUGCAGGACUGAAUGUGGCACCGAAACCGAAAGCUCAAGUAUCUACGGCGAAAGCAGGAGCCCCACGGCCUACUACCGUACGACCAGGUGCCGGUGCUGGUUACCAGGGUGCCCGUGGUGCCCAACGGGCUCGACAGACCGACAUGGUCGCAAGCCAAUACGAGGAGCGCGCACGACAAGAGGAGGAGGCCGAGGCUGCAAAGCAAAAGGAGAUUGCCGAAAAGAGUCGCAACCGCAAGACCGAGAAAGAUGUGUCCAGCGCCAAAGAGCGGUAUCUGGCAAGAAAGAGAGAACGAGAAGAGGCUGCUGCCAAGGAGAAAUCGAAGGGGGCCUAA